CUAAGCUACGUAUAAGUUUAUUCAUCUCACGGAAAAGCCAGUGAAACGUUAUUGAAACGUCUGGUCACCCUGCGCUUCACAUUGCCUUGUAGUCUCACACCAAUAAUACCAUUGAUCACAUUUUGAUCAGUCUUAGAAUAUCUGACAAAUCAGUAAGAUGCUCUCGAAUACCUCGAACACAUACACUUGUCGAUUCCCGGGCUGCAGCUUGAGCUAUCAACGGAGGGAGCAUCGCCAUCGGCAUGAGACGCAACAUACCCGCCGUCAGCUUCCACAGUGCUCGAUCUGCGCUCAAACCUUUAGCCGACGCGACACACUCCGUCGGCACAUGCAAAAGGUGCAUGUCACCAAGGAGAUAGCGCCUCCCACCAAACACGCCUGCACACACUGCCGGACUCUGAAGAUCCGGUGCCAGGGCGAGCCACCAUGUAGCAAUUGUUUGCGUCGAGGGAUCUCCUGUUCUCUUGACCACCACCGACGAACCGAUGUUAAUGUACAGCCUGGUGACUAUGACAAGCGCGCGUCGGACCCGCAACCCAUGCCGUCGCGGUCGAUGUCGACCCAACUCAGGGCGAACCGGUCUGCAAUGGAGAGUCACUAUCUCGGUCUGUAUUUCCAGCGGUUUCAUCCUCACUGGCCCUUCAUUCACCGGGGCUCGUUCAGUGAGUAUGAGACGCCCUUGCUGGUGCAAUCGAUGGUGGUUCUGGGGCUGUGGAUGAGCCGGGAGAAAGACACCCAGUCCAAAGCCAUGGAUCUGCAUAAGGUCCUUGACUCUGCCAUUCGUGAACAGACUGCGGUAUGGGAUGCCUCGAGUUCAGAGAACGCAUGCAGCGCCUGUUCGUGGCCCAUCCCGACGUACCAGGCUAUCUUGCUCCAUAUCAUCUUCGCUGGGCUGUCCCACGGCGGUGAAGUGCUUGGCCCGGACCUCAAGCCUUCCCUUGCCCUCCCUACCCGCGAUCUGCUGGAAAGGCUGGUCGCCAGUUGCAAGAAGCUGGGGCUGCUGUCAUAUCCCAACAUGCUCAAUCGGUAUUGCCAGGAUGAUCCAGCGACUUAUGUGUGGGUGAGCGUCGAGGAGGUCAAACGAUUCAACCUGGCGCUGUUUAGGGCUUGCAGGGCUUUUACCAGUGCAACGAAACAAAAGAGUACUGGCCAGGAUACUGCGGACGAGGCCAGGGCGGCAAGCAGGACCCUUCAAGUAUGCGAUCUACAAUUUCCGUGGCCACGGAAUACCCCGUUGUGGAAUGCGGUCGGCAAAGCAGAAUGGCACUCUGCUACUACCGAAGACGUUUUUCGCCACAGUCAACAUGACACCGUAGAGGAGGAGUGGAUCUCGAAUUCUGCCGGUUUCCUGGAGGUGAUCGAUGGUUGAUGUUGGUCUGAUAACCAGCCGAGGGAUUUUGAGCAUUUGAUCACGACUUUGACAAUAUACACUACUGUGUGUCAAGAGUAUCGAUAUUGGUAUGAAGGAGCUAGCAU